GCCAUUGAGUCAUUGCCACCAGCUCAGACCGCUCCUCCAUAUUACUUCAAUACACACCAGUGCAGCAUAUUUGGAUUCAUCCAUUUAACUGUGACCAUGACAGAAGACAAUGACUCCAGCACAAUGAAUAUCUUGGAUAUUGAUGACGACAUAUAUGUUAAGCCCAGAACAAGACAUGGCUUUCAAUAUUCAGUGCAUUUUCAGUGGUGGAAGAGAUCAUUCGGAGUUGCUACAUUGUGUCUUGGAUUGCUGUGUAUUCUCCUACUGGCUGCGAUCAUAGGCAUGUGUGUCAACUACACUGGUCAGCGUUACCGUGAUGAAAGAGACCAGCGACAAACCAGUAAUAACAACCUGACUAAAGAGAGAGACCAGCUACAGACCAGUUAUAACAACCUGACUAAAGAGAGAGACCAGCUACAGACCAGUUAUAACAACCUGACUAAAGAGAGAGACCAGCUACAGACCAGUUAUAACAACCUGAUUAAAGAGAGAGACCAGCUACAGACCAGUUAUAACAACCAAACUAAAGUGAGAGACCAGCUACAGACCAGUUAUAACAACCUAACUAAAGAGAGAGACCAGCUACAGACCAGUAAUAAUAACCUGACUAAAGAGAGAGACCAGCAUCAGAGGGAGACAGAAAAGCUGAAGAGGAAAGGAAAUGUGGCGUUGAAUGGAGUGGCCACUCAGUCAUCACUGUAUAAUAAUCGCGAUGCUUCCGAUGCCAUUGAUGGGAAAAGAAACACACACUAUGGAUCCUGCACCCACACUCUGAAAGACAGAAACCCGUGGUGGAGAGUGGACCUGCUGAAUGUGUACAGAAUAACAGAUGUCACCCUCACCAACAGAGGAGACUGCUGUCCUGAGAGGCUUGAUGGUGCUGAGAUCCGCAUCGGUAACUCAUUGGAGAACAACGGCAUCAACAACCCCAGAUGUGCUGUCAUCUCCCACAUCCCAGCAGGAGAGACCCACAUCUUCAGGUGCAAUGAGAUGGAGGGUCGCUACGUUGUUGUGGUCAUCCCUGGCAGGUCGGAAUGGCUCACUCUGUGUGAGUUGGAAGUUCAUGGUACUCCUGCAGGAAAUGUGGCGUUGAAUGGAGUGGCCACUCAGUCAUCACUGUAUAAUAAUCGCGACGCUUCCGAUGCCAUUGAUGGGAAAAGAAACACACACUAUGGAUCCUGCACCCACACUCUGAAAGACAGAAACCCGUGGUGGAGAGUGGACCUGCUGAAUGUGUACAGAAUAACAGAUGUCACCCUCACCAACAGAGGAGACUGCUGUCCUGAGAGGCUUGAUGGUGCUGAGAUCCGCAUCGGUAACUCAUUGGAGAACAACGGCAUCAACAACCCCAGAUGUGCCGUCAUCUCCCACAUCCCAGCAGGAAAGACCCACAUCUUCCAGUGCAAUGAGAUGGAGGGUCGCUACGUUGUUGUGGUCAUCCCUGGCAGGUCGGAAUGGCUCACUCUGUGUGAGUUGGAAGUUCAUGGUACUCCUGCAGGAAAUGUGGCGUUGAAUGGAGUGGCCACUCAGUCAUCACUGUAUAAUAAUCGCGACGCUUCCGAUGCCAUUGAUGGGAAAAGAAACACACACUAUGGAUCCUGCACCCACACUCUGAAAGACAGAAACCCGUGGUGGAGAGUGGACCUGCUGAAUGUGUACAGAAUAACAGAUGUCACCCUCACCAACAGAGGAGACUGCUGUCCUGAGAGGCUUGAUGGUGCUGAGAUCCGCAUCGGUAACUCAUUGGAGAACAACGGCAUCAACAACCCCAGAUGUGCCGUCAUCUCCCACAUCCCAGCAGGAGAGACCCACACCUUCCAGUGCAAUGAGAUGGAGGGUCGCUACGUUGUUGUGGUCAUCCCUGGCAGGUCGGAAUGGCUCACUCUGUGUGAGUUGGAAGUUCAUGGUACUCCUGCAGGAUGGAAGACAUCUGGCUCCAGCUGUUACUACACCACCACCAUGAUUAAAACCUGGGAGGAGAGCAGAAAGGACUGCAACGAGAGAGGAGCACACCUGGUGAUCAUAAACAGCAGAGAGGAACAGACAUUUAUCAAUGGGUUAUACGGACCGGGGAAUGAGACCUGGAUCGGUCUGACGAACGUUGACACUGAGGGGACCUGGAAAUGGGUGGACGGCACACCACUGACCACAGCGUAUUGGAAGACUGGAAAGCCAAGCAGCUCUUUAGGGGCCGACAAGGACUGUGUGGCGUUUUCCCACCAUUCAUCAGACCCAGGGGAGUGGAACGACGAGGAAUGUCACAAGUCAAACAACUGGAUCUGUGAGAUAUUUUAAUUCUAAUACUCUCUGCACUGCGAACUACAUGUAACUGCCAAAAAAAAGGAAACAUUUCAGUGAAUGAGGGUGGAUCUCGUGGCUCUGUUAUGGUGUGGGGUGCAUUUUCCUGGCAUGGUUUAGGUCCACUCAACCACUUAGAGAGAACGGUAAACGCCCACAAAUACACAGCCAUUCAGAGUGACCACCUUCAACCUAUGGUGAAUCAGAUCUAUCCUGAUGGGAGUGGUCUCUUCCAGGAUGACAACGCCCACCCCAUCCAUUAGGGAACGAGUGGUCACCGAAUGGUUUGAUGAGCAGGAAAACGAUGUAAACCAUAUGCCAUGGCCGUCUCAGUCACCAGAUCUCAACCCAAUUGAACACUUCUGGGAGAUUCUAGAGUGGCGCCUGAGACAGCGUUUUCCACAUUUCUCCCGAAAAAUGGUGUUCGCAUCCCUCCAAUAGAGUUCCAGACAAAUCUAUACCGAGGCUCAUUGAAGCUGUUCUGGCGCCUGGUGGAGGCCUAACGUCCUAUUAACACAAUUGAUGUUUUCUUUAUUUUGGAAGUUAACAGUAUUGUUGACAAUAGUCUGAAUAUUGCUGAUAUAUUCUGGUAGAAUGCUACUCUGAAUUACAUUUCUGAAUGGAAGGCACACACACGCACGCACACACAAAUCAUGUUCAGAUUUCAUAAAAUGAGGUGUAUAAUAUCAUUGAAUAUAUGCUGUAAAUCAAUUUACAUUUUUACAUGAUUUGAAUAUAUUAUACAGUUUGUCUGCUACUUGUGCUUUCAUCAUGCUGAACAUAAACAAUGUGUACUUCCUGCUUAUUCAGUAUAUAAUUGAACCUAGAUUAAAGACAUUUCCUUGUUGAAUA